UUUUUUUUUUUGCACCAUUUUUCUCACCAUAUGCUGAUUUCCAGGCUUCCAGUUCCAGUAUAUAAUUCAAAAGUAAAUAACAAUAAGAACUCACCACAUAAAGGUUUCUAACUGAACUGCAUAAUACUGCAUUUAAGCCAAAACAACCAAAGCAGAGUCCUUCAUAUCAGAAAAAGCAGAAAAGACCUAUUAGCUUUCAACACUUCAUGAAAAAUCUUGCUUAUUCAGGAGCCUUCUCUCUCUCUCUCUCUCUCUCUCUCUCUCUCUCUCUCUCUCUCUCUCUCUCUCUCACAUGUACUCAUAGUCCACAUACAAUUUCUCUCAUCCUCUGCAGGAAAACAGAAAGCAAUAUAAAUUACAAAUAGAACCUACAAGUCCAUAAAUCUUCACACUCAAAAUUUUAAAGUUCUAAGAACCUCAACAAGUUCAUCAUCAUGCCACCAAACAGAGAAAACCAGAUGGGUUCAUACUCUAAGGCCAACACUGUCCACAAGCCACCAAUACUCUCAAUGGGAAGUCUCCAAAGAACCAUAUCUGACAUCUCAGCUCAACUAAGCAGCAGCAGCAGCAAAGAAGCCCUUGAUGAUGACAUUCAUCUUCCAACUAUAUCCGAGGUUGAGGAUGCCAAGUGUGAGUGCUGUGGCAUGUCUGAGGAGUGCACGAAUGAGUACAUAGAUCGCGUGCGCAGCCAGUUUUCGGGGAAGUUAAUUUGCGGGUUGUGUGCUGAGGCUGUGAAGGAAGAGAUGGACAAGAAUGGAGGUAAACGAGAAGAGGCUGUAAAUGAGCAUAUGAGUGCUUGUGAAAAGUUCAAUAGGCUUGGUAGGGCAUACCCCGUUUUGUACCAAGCUGAGGCCAUCAAAGAGAUCUUCAAAAAGAGUUCAACAGUUAGGGCAAAAUCCAUAAGUCCUAGAGAUAAGAGUGUUCGAAAGGGUAACGGGGGUAUUGCAAGGAGCUCCAGUUGUAUUCCCGCAAUCAACCGAGAAGAACUCAGCCCUAAAUCUUAAACUCUAAUUAAACUCUAAAUUGUAAACCUUUGUUAUUUGAAAGGACUUUUUUAGUUUUUUUCUCUAUGUAACACAACAAGUAUCCAUCAUAGUUAGCGUCGAAGGGGGUACUUUCCAUUUGCAAUAAAUGUAACAAUCUAAUGCUAAUCUUACUUUGAUCGAUUAGUUUUUUAUUACACAGAUAUUACAAUUUCAAUCUACAUUAAGGGAAGGAAGAUGAUUUGAACAAGAGACUCAGUCGGUUAAACAAUUCAACACUUGCUAAUGUUGUUGAUUAGUUAGCCCUGGCACAUAAAUAAAGUUUAUGCCAAAUUUCUAUUCCUUUCUUUAUACAUGUACUGGGUCGUAUAAGAUGAGC